AUGUAUCACCAUCUUCUCUUUCAUUUCAUCCAACAAUUUUCCUUGCUCCAACAGUAUCUCAUUAUUUUAUCAUUGUCUUUCAUUAUCCUCCUAGUCUUUCGUUACUGGUGGUGUAUUUUCCUCUUACCUCUGAGCACAAUUUGCGCCAGUUUUGCUAUUAAACAUCUGCGACAAUCAGGCCGACGACCGUUCAAAAUAUCAGGUUACAUCUACAAUCUUCUUUUCAAAGCAAACCAAAAUGCCGAUCAUUCAUCUCAAGGCUAUGAAAUUUCGAUACAGAAAGAAUGCGAUACUUACAUUCGAACAAUCGUUGCUCGAUACAUAUGCGUUUGGUAUUACCCAUUAGUAUCCACCGAUCAAGAAUUUCCCGAAGAUUUAAUGAUUUUAUUUAAUAUAAUACUGAAUCGACUGAAUGAUCGUUUGAAAUCGUUAAAUUCUUAUGAUUUAACUCGUCUGUUAGUCAACUUAGAACAAAAACAUCUCGAACAGUAUUUACACGCACUUGAUUCAUAUGAAAAACAACGAAAGCAUAAUCCAAGCAGCAGAUCAAUUGUCGAAGAGUAUUCUCAUUUGAUUGGUUUUCAUCGAUCAAUGAUUAACAAUGACACUCAUGCGUAUUUAAAAGCUCUAGUCGAAUUAUUUCUAACAGAUUUAGUACCUGAAUCGUUUCAUAUGUAUUCAGGUAGUCAUACUGGUCGAGAAUUUCUCACACAACUUGUGGUUCAUUGUGUAUUUUUACCUUUGUUGAAUGAAUUUUCUAAUCCGCAAAUGCUCUACUAUCUGAUUGUUCGUUUAUUCGAAACUGAAGAGUCAAAGUUGAAUGAGAAAACCGAUGAACAUACAUUUUCCGUCCAAACAAAUCCAACAUCCGGUCAACAUGACGAGAUUCAACCAGCAGUCUCAAAAGAAAAUCUCGACGAACAUGUAAAUCUAAAUGACGAGCGUCGAAUGUCACGUUUAGAACGUAUUAUUUAUUCAGUAACAAUCAUUUCGUGUGACAUAGCAUACAAUGCACGAACCGGUGGUGCCUAUACUGUUUAUAUAAUGCAAUGUGAAACGAAAUCACCAUUUGCAUCAGAUACGAUUCAUCGGUAUGUUAUUCGACGGCGUUUUCGAGAAUUUAUGAAUUUACACAAACGCUUGCAUCAAAAUUUGCUCACUAGUCGAUAUUGGCAUGAUAUGAACGAAGUCUUCCAAAAUUUGCCUCUUCCAAUUGAUAAUAUGAAUGUCGAAGUCAUUCGUCGACGAAAAGACAUCCUUGAACAAUACAUUCAGAAACUAAUUUCCAAUGAAGUUCUUAAUUGUUCGCAUGAUGUUUUGGAGUUUUUUGCUUAUAAUUCCGAUUCUAAUGUACAAUUUGAACCGUUGCCACCAAGUAAACUACCAGUACCACGUGUAGAUAAGGUUCUUCUCCGAACUCUCUCUGAUGUUGGAACUAAAUUGAAUAAUUUAUUACCGACAAAGCGCGAAUUAACUCCGGUUCGUGAAACUUUCCAAUUAAAUAUUUCAACAACGUACGAAGAUACAUCUCCUAUUAUGGAACAAAUGAAAUUCUUCAUUCAACAAUCAUCAUUACGAUACUCAUCGUAUUCAUUAUCAUUAAAUUCCAUUGAUUCUGUGUUUUUACAAUCGCUAUUAACACGACCAUCGAUUGUCACAUCACAACGAAAAGCAAAAUCACAUUCAAAUAUUCCAUUAACUGACGCAAUUUUGAAAUUAAUUCACACAUGUUUGCAUUCUCGAGAUGAUAUUAUCAGUUACGAAUCUACACACCAAAUUUUUCGAACGCUAUUUGGCCAUUUCACGGAAGAAUUCUUCAAAGAUUAUAUCGAUAAGCUCUUGUCUCAAGAGAAAAUCCUUGAAUAUCUUUAUGAUAUUCGUACUAAAGUCCUUUGGCCGGAUGAGAGUAAACCAAUUGCUCCAAUGAAAGACAUAAAAAACCGUGCAUUUACAGCGUUGAUGAAGAAAAUUCCAAAUUGGCUUCAAUAUAUUGUCGGCAUCGAAAAUACUCGUCGAAUUAUCAAAAAUUUCCUUGAUUCUCUGAAUUAUACAGAACUCAAUCGCCAUCUGAUUUGUAAUUUAUUCGAUUUGCUACUCGAACAACUGAUACCUCACAUCGCCACGAAAGAUUUCCUAACCAAAUACGUUCAUUUACAUGCAGGUGUUCGAUCAUGA